CAGCCCAAACCCAAGCCCCCAAAUCCAAAGCGACCGAUCUCGCCCGACCACACGCCGCACCAAACCAGCAGCGCCCAUCCAUCGACGGAACGACCUCGCCGGCGAGAGAGAGGGGAAGAAAGUGACAGAUGGAGGCGGCGGCGGCAGCGGCCGGCGUGCAGCUCGGCUCCUCGAAGCCCCAGAUCGCCACGCAGGCGGAGAUGGCGGAGGCCCGGGUGCCGCUCGCCUACCGCGACCAGUGCGCGCACCUCCUCAUCCCGCUCAACAAGUGCCGCGUCGCCGAGUUCUACCUCCCCUGGAAGUGCGAGCCCGAGCGCCACGCCUACGAGAAGUGCCAGUACGAGCUCGUCAUGGAGCGGAUGCUCCAGAUGCAGAAGAUCCGCGAGGCGCAGGAGGCCAAGGUCAAGGGCGGCGCCUCCAUUGGCCUCAUCCCGGCCACCGCCAAGCUCGCCUGAUCCGGCCCCGGUCCGAUCCGGUUGAUUUAGGUCUGCUGGUUAUCACAGCUUGCAGAGGCAUUGUGCAAGGAUCCUGAAUGUUUGUUGUAUGAACAAGCAUCUGUUGAAUUUGGCAUAAAGUUAACUGUUGUCUUCUUCCCUUCCCCCUUCUCUCCUUGAUAGCCAUCUUCAAGUUUCGAUUUGAUGGAAUAAGGAAACCUGCCGUCUUAUUACACUUGCUGACUGAAUGACUCCUUGAAGUUUUGAAUGCAAUUCGUGGACCCUGCAUAUGUAGACAGGCCUCUUUUGUGCCGUAGUUCAUGUUA